AUGACUGCAAGAAGUGCGACCUAUGAGUUUUGUCCUCGAGCUGAACCUUUAGAAGGUGUGGAAUAUCCACUUACAGUAAACUACUGUGGAGAAUGCUCUUUGCCUGUUGAGUACUGUGAAUUCUCUACUGACCCAGCAAGGUGUAGAAUAUGGCUUGAGAAGAAUCUUCCGGAGGUUUUCGAAAGGUUAUAUACAGGUGAUCGACCCACAGAUGCUGUUUGCUCGAAAAAAAAAUCUCGCCAGAGUCGAGGAGGAAAGGGUUUGGGCUCUAAAAAGCCAUUGGAGCAGAAAAUAUCCGUUUCGCGCUCUUCACGUGUUAAAAACAAAUUUACUACAAGCGUCAUUGGCCUAGAUUCGUACGGAAUUGACUUGAAACAGGCUGCCAAAUUUUUUGGGCAGAAAUUUGCCACUGGUACUUCCACCGGCAGUAAUGGUGAAAUCGUUAUUCAGGGAGACGUCAAGCACGAGCUGAUGGAACUAAUUCCGCAGAAAUGGAAAGAGGUUCCUGAAGGAUCGAUCGAGGAUCUUGGCGAUGUAAAACGUUAA